AUGGAUCUUUUAGUCAAGAAUUCGACGACACCCGAGGAACCGCGAUGGAAUAGCAAGCCAGCAUGGAAGUUACCUGGCUGGGCAGAACCAUUGAUGGUAGUGACAAUCCUGUUCGGAGCCAUGGUCAUGACGCGGAGAAGGGGAUACCGGAUCUUCGCGGCAAAGCCUGGUGUAUACAAGUCAACUCUGAACGGCGACGACUCAGCCCGCUCAUCAGAUGAGCUUCUGGCCCACGACGAAGGCGGCGAAGACGAUGCGCAGGAAUACAUUGCUGCGACCAAGAAUAUGCCUAAAACACGGAAGUUGCUAGGCAUCACAUUGAAGACGCCCAACACUUCCCAGUUCAAGAACAAUAUACACAGUCGCAUCCUGCAGCGGUUCCCCUUCCUGAUAGAGAUGUUCUACUGGGUCAUAAACUACGGCUUCUACCGCAUGACAGCGAUCUUGUCCAACGAGAUCUUUGCUGGCAGAGGUAUCUGGACAGUGGCGGAGAGCCAUGGACUUGCUGUCCUGGAUUUUGAGCAGCACGGAUUCCUGAGCCCUUUUUUCCCUGGUGAGCAAGAAAUACAGCAAUGGUUCAUGCAUGGGCAUCAAGAUGCAUUGACUGUAUUGAACAAAGCAUACGCGCUGAUACACAUACCUGGCACGGUAGGCUUCAUCGCAUGGUACUAUUACAUUGCACCAUCCCACCCGACGUUCGCGACAGUCCGCCGCACCAUGACUUUGACCAACUUCAUGGCUUUCACGACGUUCAUUUUCUAUCCUUGCAUGCCUCCUCGUCUUUUGCCGAAGGAAUACGGGUUCUUGAACACAGUCAGGCAUGAUGAUGCGCAGUCUGUGUGGAUGAGUGGAAAAUAUGUCAACAGUCUUGCAGCCAUGCCGAGUAUGCAUUUUGGAUAUGCGUUUUGCAUUGGUUGCACCAUAAUAUACCACUCUGGAAUAUUCCGUCGGAAGUUGGAACGAGGCGAGGCACGCAAGUCAUGGGCGUGGAAGGUCUUCUAUUUGUCUGUGGGUGUCGGAUACCCAGCGAUGAUCCUGACGACCAUUGUGGCCACGGCCAACCACUAUUUCCUGGAUGCAUGGAAUGCGACAAUGUUCGUAUUGCUCGCAUUCAUGAGUAACAAGGUGUUUUAUGUCUUUAUUCCCCUAGAGGACUGGUUCCUAUGGGUGCUUCGAGUGGAAUUGCCUGUACCCAGUACUGGCGAGAGGUUCAGAGAAUUGGGCUACCGCUUGUAAAUAUGUCCUGAUAGACCAGUCGAUCUGAUAGUGG